GAGCGAUAGGGUUGUCCCCUCUCUAUCUAUCUAUCUAUCUAUCUAUCUAUCUAUCUCGAGCUACCCAAACAAAGCAAUCAUACCACAAGAUAGAGAGUUAGAUGUCCAUGGAUCGGAGCCUCCAAUGGAGCAGGCCGGCGUCGCUGCUCCUCUUGGGGGCGGCGUUCCUGGCGGCGGCGGCGGCCGUAACGAGCGCCAACCCGGCGUACAACCCCGACCCCUAUAGCGUGGUCGACCACUUCAACCGCGCCGUCCACAGGUCGACUAGCCCGCGUCGUGCGCUGUCGUCGGACAAGUCGAAGAAGGCAAAGUACACGGGCCCGUGCAUGGCGACGAACCCGAUCGACCGGUGCUGGCGCUGCCGCAAGGACUGGGCGACGGACCGGCAGCGGAUGGCCCGCUGCGCCAAGGGGUUCGGCCGCGAGACCACCGGCGGCCUCAAGGGCAAGAUCUACAUCGUGACCGACCCCAACGACGAUGACUUCACCAACCCGCGGCCCGGGUCGCUCCGGUGGGGCGUGGUCCAGACGGAGCCGCUGUGGAUCAUCUUCGCCAGGGACAUGGUGAUCAACGCCUCCCAGGAGAUCAUCAUCCAGAGCGACAAGACCAUCGACGGGCGCGGGGCGCAGGUGCACGUGGCCAACGGCGGCGGGCUCACCGUCCAGCACCAGAACAACGUCAUCAUCAACAACCUCCACGUGCACGGCAUCAAGCACACGGACGGCGGCAACGUGUCGAUGACGGCAACCCACUCCACCAUCCGCACCCGCGCCGACGGCGACGGCGUCUCCAUCUUCAACGCCACCAAAGUGUGGGUGGACCACCUCUCCAUGGAUAAUUGCGAGGACGGCAUGGUUGACGUGGUGGCCAUGUCCACGGCCGUCACCAUCUCCAACACCCACCUGGCCCACCACAACGACGUGAUGCUCUUCGGCGCCGACGACAAGAAGCCGGAGGACAAGGUGAUGCAGGUCACCGUCGCCUUCAACCACUUCGGGAGAGGCCUGGUGCAGAGGAUGCCUCGCUGCCGCUACGGCUUCUUCCACGUCGUCAACAACGACUACACCAACUGGCUCAUGUACGCCAUCGGAGGCAGCAGCGCGCCCACCAUCCUCAGCCAGGGGAACCGCUACAGAGCACCACCCAACAUGGCUGCCAAGGAGGUGACCAAGCGCGACUACGCGCCCGAGUCCGAGUGGAAGAACUGGGUGUGGAUAUCGGACGGCGACCUGAUGAUAAACGACGCCUACUUCACCACGUCCGGCGGACAAAUUGGCCAGAAGCUCAACGGUAAGGACCUCAUCAAGCCCAAGCCAGGGGAGUACGUCAGGAGGCUCACCCGCUUCGCCGGCCCGCUGGACUGCAACCCGGGCAGUCCCUGCUGAUCGUCGCCGUACCAUACCAUACCUGCCAGGCGGAGUGGCCGGAUAUGCAUGUCGUCGCCGGCCACACGCCCAAGGCAAGGAAACAAGAGUUAACGUUCCACGCGACAACCCAUCCAUCUUUGAUGCUACACUAGACAACAAGGCCGUAAGCAUGCAUAGAGGGAGGAAUGUAGGAGGGUGGCCGGAUUCAUCAGUCUGCUGCUCUCUCUUCGUGUAGUCAAUGUACGUACCUAUCACUACUUGCUUUUCUUCUUCUUCUUCCGAGGAAAUAGGAAUUGUGUACCUAUAUAUACAUAUACGCAUGCAUGUUGUACAACAUGGAUGUACUGUAACCGCUCUUGUUUAUCAAUUUUUUUUUUGUA